AUUAAAAUUAUUUGAUUCUCUAUAAAAUAUAUAAUGACAUAAUGUUUACAAUAAUUGUUUUUUUAUAAAAAAGAAAAGAAAUGGUGUUGUAUGACACAGAAGAGUGGAACAAAUCAAUUAAUCAUUGAGACACAUUUCCGUUUACUCUCCUUGUCAUGGUACCAUUUGGGAACAGUUGAAUUUUAAUAAGCUUCUAUUUCGCUAUUUGAAAUAACCAUAUGGAUAUUCUACUAAUUGUUUUAUUGGAGAGAUUUUAUUAAACGGGGAUAAUCAUGCCAAUCUUUAACCAUUGUCCAAUUCAAGCUAAAGACUAUUGUCAAAAUGGUGGAGAAUGCUUUUAUUUAUCUGGUGAUCCAAGUAUAUAUAUGUGCAGCUGUUUUAUGCCAUUCUAUGGACCACAAUGUGAACAUAAAGCUCCUAGCAGGGAUAAACAAGUUGAAGUUGAAGAAAUACAAAAAAAUUUCAAUAUCAAUAAUGAUCAUGUUGAUAAUGAUGGUUUUAUCAUUAAACGAUCAGUUGAUCGUGCAAUGACAUUGACAGCAUUAAUUUUCAUUGUGGUCACAUUUUUAGGAAUGUUAAUUUUAGCAUGGUAUAUUUCUAGGCGUAGACGUAAAGAUUAUGCUAGAUGGAGAAGAAUGACAGAACUGGCAAUGAAGUCGAAUACUAAAGAGAAAUCUGACAAACAGACACAAAUCACAUUGGAUUAUGCUGAUGAGAAAGAAAUUUCUUCAUUAAUUAAAUCGACUCAUUCCUUAGACAAUAAUAGUCAUGAUGAUAAUGAUGACGAUGCUGAUGAUGAUGGUGAUGAUGAUCUUGAAUUGAAUAAUGAUAAGAAAGAUUUGGAAGCUCAAUUUGAACUGACUAAGACCAGUUCAGUGUAUAAUGAUCAUUACGAAAAACAGACAGAUAAAUAUUCUGAUAUUAAAUUAAAAACGGAUGAAGAUGAACUAUCAGUUCACAGUAAUUCUAAUAUUAUGGAGACAAUGAAAUCUGUUGGUAAACCUGAUACCUACAAUCAGAACAUUGUCAAUCAAUCCAAUUCUGUGAUCGGGGCUACAGAAUCAUCAAAUAAUAAUGAUAAUAAUAAUCAAAUUGAAUUCAAUCAGAAAAAACGAACUAAAAGUAAACGGAUGGCUCCAACUCCUCCAAGUCAUAAUGUAUCACUACAAUCUGUCCACAAUCAUAAUCCGUUACUUGAUGCAUCAAAUGAUAAUCCAAUCAUUAUUGAACAAUGCACAGAUUUGAAUGAAGAAACAAAAGACCUAGAUACAAAUAUAAUAAAUAAUCCGAAUACAACACAACUAUUAAAAAAUGCCAACUUAACAACACCACAUACAGUAGUAGUUGAUCGUUACUUUGAUCCACCAAAACUUUCAUCCAUAGAAAAUCAACAAUAUCUUAAUAAAUCUUAUGAUCAUAUUAUCAGUAAUAAUACAAUUGGUGGUCGAAAACUAUCCAAUCCUAAACAACCACCAAUAGCAAAUAUUCUAAGCAGUGUUAUAUUAGAUAGACCAUAUAUUAAUGCAGAUGAAAUUCAUACGCUGUUUGAUCAAAAUGCGCCGAAUUCAACACGAAAUCCUUGUCAUGAUUUAGAAUAUUAUAAUCCGAUCAAUACAAAAAUCAGUUCAACUUUACGACGUGAUUAUAAACAUGAAGUAUAUUCAAGUAAUGUAAAGAAUCGUGAUAGUAAUAAUAGUAUUGAUAAUAAUAAUAAUAAUAAUAUGAAUUCUGUAAAUAUAGACCAAUCAUUGCAUUGUUUAAUUUCGGAACAUAAAGGUAGCAAAUUAUUUUAUGGACCACAAGAACCAUUUACUGUAGCUUCACAACAUGAUGCAUUAUUAUCAGAAUUAUUACAUCGAGGAAUGCAUUCGAAUCCUGGAGAAUCACGUCCGAAAAGCACAUUUUGAUUUAUUAUACUAUACAAGGACAUACACGCAUGUUUCAUUCAUGCACAUAUUCACAAUUCAUCGACAUCAUUCCUAUUAUUAUGAUUAUCUGUCUUAUCAAAACUGAACUCUGGAAAAAGCGAUUGCAGUAAUAUUAGUAUAAACAGUUAUGUGAUUUAAACUGAUAGAACUAUACAAAGGAUCAAUGUAAAAUUUUAAAUCAAUCAUUUUGAUCAUGAUAACUAAUGUCAUUACUUAUUAGUGUGGGCAAAAAUCCAGAGUAUUACAUUUAUUCACCAAAUUCCCUAACACAUACUAUUACAACUAUCGAUGUUCAAAAACAUCUUUAUUUAAAAGGAUUAAGCGAAAACUCUCUACUCUGUUUUGUUCACUAUUAUUCUUCAUAGAAUUUUUCAAUAUUCUUAUUCAUACAACUAUCAUGCAAUGCUGUUCAUUGUAUACUAAAUAUUAAGAUUGAUAUUUUUCGCAGACUAUUUUUAUUCAAUUAAUAAUGUUGUGUGAAGAGCAGUUAUUGAGCCUUGUUUGUAUCUUAAGAAAUAUAACUUACUUAGUGACCAGACUCAUAUGCUAAGUAAGCCAACAAUUCAGAACAUAGACGUUUCCAAUUAAAUUUAAAC